CCCCACCCCGACCACGACACCGACAACGUCUCCUUUCUUUCCUUGCAAAAUCUGAGUACAAAUGCCCUGCAUGCUUAUUUCAAAUAAACUACAAUUUUUUUGAAUGUUGAAUAUUCAUUCAUUUGUUAUCAUAUCCUUCUUUAUUAUUUUUCCAUUAUCUUUUAUCAUCUUCAGAAAUUAAAAAAGGAUAAAUUCUACCUACAGGUGUGACGGAACGCGUCAUUUGAUUUCAUUAUCAAGAUCAUCAUCAGAAAACACAAAUAAAAAAUUACUUUUUAAUGAAGACGACCUUAUAAAAAGAGCCUGACCUUUUUAAUGGCUGGAGCUACUUCUUGCAUUCCUUCGUUGUUUCGUCGAAAAGCGGUCAAAUUACAGAAAGAGAUGGAAAGCCCGACUACCAGGUCAGGCAGAGAAAGUACCGGUAACAACAUGUUAAUGUUCAUGGAGUUGAGGAAGAAGAUCAUGACUUUCAGGGACAUCUUUGAUAUUCCCCCACUAAAUGGCUCUGUUCCAAUACAUGAGCUGUUGAUUUUGACAGGAGAGGACCUUCAUCGAAUGUACCCUGAAUUCGUACACUGUGCUCCAAAACUGAAGGAGAGAAACACACAUCAGGGAUUGAUCAGCUUUUAUGAAGUCCUAAAGUGUGUGGGAGAUUCAGAAUGGAUAGAAGACCCUAAGGUGAGGGACAAGUUCAAGUAUGGCAAUGUUGAAAACGUCCCCUUGGAAAAACUCGCUAAGAUAGUGGUGGCAAUAUUGGACUGCAUUAACAGGACAGCGAAAGAGAGGUUUGACUUGAUGGACGAGGAUGAACCAAAGAGGGAGUAUAGCUCGUGCUCAAGCCCAAGCUUAAGUUCAAGGUCCAUAUCUUUUGACAGGAGAUCAUUUGAUGUAAGUGCAUCAACUUGUGCUUCACCACAAACCCCAACUUCAGUCCUACCUGAGUCCCCAAGAUAUGGAGAGUGUGGAAGCUAUUCUCCCCCGCGUCUGUGGGACCUCAGGGUUCAAGCUGUAGAGAAAUUGACCGCAAUGGAUUGGAAGCGCCUUUCUUUCCAGAUGAUCCUUCAGAAUAAUUUGCAGAAUCAGAACCAGAAAAUCGGCGAGGGGCCAACUGCCAUCCAAACGGAAAAUGGAAAGAAUGAGGUAAAGGUUGAAGGUACAGAACAUGGGCCAACUCCCAUGGUCAUAGACAUGGAAGACAAAGAGAAAAUUCAAUUACCAUGCUUAAAAUCAAAGUUGGGGCCCACUGAUCAAGAGAAGCUAAAACUAAUACUACCUCCACUAGCUCAACAUCGAUCAGAAGAAACAAUUACUCCACCACCAUCUUCCCCAUCAUCACCAAUUGCCAUGUCAUCAUUCCCACCAAUCAAGCUCCUGCAUUCGCCACCACCACAACCCCCACAACCACCACAAUCAACUGCACCCCCUCCGCCACCAAGUAACCCACCAUUAAAUCUUGGGCCUCCCCCACCACCUCCUCCUCCUCUAUCUGUUUCCAGUGCUCCGCCCCCUCCACCCCUGCCUUACAUCACGAGACCUCCACCUCCUCCACCCCCUCCUGGUGCACCAAUUCCACCCUGUUCUGCAGUCACAGCACCUCCGCCACCACCUCCACCACCUCCUGGUGCACCAACGUCAUCCUCUUCUGUAGUUACAACUCCUCCACCACCACCUCCACCCCCAUUCAAUGCAGGAGCUCCACCACCUAGUUUAAGGGCCCCUCCUCCUCCACCACUACCUGGCGGGGGAGCUCCACCACCACCUCCACCCCCUGGUUCAAAGGCCCCUCCUCCUCCGCCACCUCCUGGGGGAGCUGCACGACCACCACCACCACCUCCUCCAUUUGGCUCAAAGGGUGGCACACCAGCACCACCACCACCCAUGCCUGGUAAAGGAGGUGGGCCACCACCUCCUCCUCCAGGUGCAAGGUCCCUACGUGCAAAGAGCACCACAAAAUUAAAAAGGUCCUCUCACAUGGGGAACUUAUAUCGGUUGCUCAAGGGAAAGGUGGAAGGUUCAUCUUUAACAGGAAAAUCAUCACAGGGGAAAAAGGGAGGCGGGGGUAAUGGUGGUGGUGGUGGAGGACAAAGCAUGGCUGAUGCACUUGCAGAAAUGACCAAAAGAUCAGCAUACUUUAUGCAAAUUGAAGAAGAUGUAGAAAAGCACGGAAAAGCAAUUAAAGAGAUGCAAGGUAUCCUGACCUCAUUUCAGACCAAGGACAUGAAUGAACUGAUCAAGUUCCAUCAGCAAGUAGAAUCCAAGCUUGAAGUCCUCACAGAUGAGAGCCAGGUUUUCGCAAGGUUUGAAGGUUUUCCAGUUAAAAAAUUAGAAGCCUUGAGGAUGGCAGCAGCGUUGUAUAAAAAGCUUGAUGGAAUAUUAUCUGAAUUACAUAACUGGAAAUUGGAGUGUCCUUUGAUCCCACUUCUUGACAAAGUCGAAAAAUACUUCAACAAGAUUAAAGGAGAAUUAGAAGGUUUGGAACGAACUAAAGAUGAAGAAGCAAAGAAAUUUCUAAGCCACAACAUCCACUUCGACUUUCAAAUUCUUGUCAAGAUUAAGGAAGCAAUAGUAGAUGUCUCAUCAAGCUGCAUGGAAUUGGCACUAAAGGAAAGGAGAGAUGCGAAGGCACAAACAAAUGAUCAAGCAUGGUCCAAAGCAGGAGGGCAGAAAAAUGUGUGUGCUAAAAUGCUUUGGAGGGCUUUUCAGUUCGCCUUUAAGGUUUAUUCCUUUGCAGGAGGACAAGAUGAACGCGCAGAUAGCCUGACAAGGGAACUGGCUCAAGAAAUAGAGACCGAUCCCAUGGAAGAUUAACCCAUCUACUGCAAUUAAAAUAUUGAACCUAUUUAUAGUAAAUACACUAGAAUUUUUUUUAAUUUUUUUUCUUAAGUCUUUAACUUUUUUAUUCUUUUCUGUUCAAGCAUAACUGAUUGGCAACGGUCAUUCUGAUAAUGCACCAGUAUCCUUGAACAGCAAAUUCGUAGAUGUUAGAUUCCACCAAGAGCGUACAUCACUCAUGAGACUUGAGGAAGAGUUUCCUGCAGCGUAGCUAAUCUCUGGCUAUCUAUAUGCUGCCUUAUGUAAAAUAUAUAUAGUCCGUACAUAUGUUUGCACGGUACCAUUUGUUUAUUAAUUUCUGAGACACUACAUAAUAUAACAUUUUUGGUUGUGCAUGUAACUUCAUGAUGCAUCGUCUCUA